UCGUCAUUGUUUAAGUAUUGAAGAGAAUUGAAUGCGGACAAUUACUUGGCCAAUAAUGCAGUUAAGACUAUAGAGAACUGAACAUGGACAAAUAAUAAAAUAAAUGUUAUGAACGGGUUAAAAUUUAUAAUGAGCAUGAGGGUUUAUUACACUUAGUUUUAAAUUGUGUAAACGUCUUCAUCUCAGUAUUAAACCCAAGAUGAAGGACUUGCGUUUUGAUGGUUGGAAUGAAUCCACAACAGUUGAUGAUUCUGUAAAUAAUUCCACAGAAGUUUUACAGAAUCUUGAAUCGGUAACACUUGAGCCUUUCGCCAUAUUUAUGAUAACACUGAGUUGUUUGUUAUCAUUGUUGAUAUGCGGGGGAAAUGUCCCCGUGAUAUUAAGUAUCAUCUCAUUUAAAAUUCUGCGCACGGCGAACAAUAUGUUUCUCAUGAGCUUAGCGGUGUCUGACCUUUGUAUCGGGAUGGUGGUUCUGCCACUAUACACAAUCGACCGAUAUAUGACACCACUUGUCUUUGGGGUCAUACGAAAUGAAUACAUCUGUAUCUUUAAACAUUACUUUAAUAUAUGUCUAUUAGGAGCAUCUCUUUUCACCAUGGGUGGCAUUGCUUUGGAUCGCUUCAUUUCUGUAACAAGGCCCUUAAAAUACAAAAAGAUUGUAACACGCUCUCGUGUAUUGUUGUUCAUCACAUUUUGUUGGCUUUAUCCCGUAGUUAUCUCUAGUUUCAUGUUCUACAAACGGAUUGUCCCCUUUGACGAAUUCAUUGACAAAUGUGUGCACCAAUUGUUCAAUCGUGGCUACAUGAUCUUUGCGAAUGUAAAUAUCGUUGUUCUUUUCCUGGUCAUCUUUGUCUCAAAUAUCAUUGUGGCGAUUGUUGCAGUCAAACAACGCUCCAAGCAUAUUCAUACACUAAGUGUAG